CUCCCCCGGCUGAUCCGCUGCAGUGAGUCGUCCGGGCGUGGUAGAUCCCGCCGGAGAUCCACUGCCCGCCGGACAACUUGCCCCGAGGAGCCUUUGGCGGCCAAGGUCCCCUGCAUUAAAUCCUAUUUCUUAGCCCUUCCUGAAAAUGUUCCUUGUCAAAAACUUCCUCGGAGGCGGUGGAGGUGGCGGCGGAGGUGGCGGAAAUAUCAAUAUUGGAAACGUAAUCGGAGGAUUUUUAGGUGGGGGAGGGGGUGGGGGCGGCCAAGGAGGAGCAGCCAUGAAAAUUCUGGGCGGAGUCAUCAGUGCCAUCAGUGACGCAGCAGCCCAGUAUAACCCAGAGCCUCCGCCCCCUCGUAGCCAUUUUUCCAACAUCGAAUCCAACGAGAGCGAGGAAGUCCGGCAGUUCCGAAGACUCUUCGCCCAACUGGCCGGGGAUGACAUGGAAGUCAGCGCCACGGAGCUGAUGAACAUCAUGAACAAAGUAGUGACGAGACAUCCGGAUUUGAAGACUGAUGGGUUUGGGAUUGACACCUGUCGUUCCAUGGUGGCCGUGAUGGACAGCGACACCACCGGCAAGCUGGGCUUUGAGGAGUUCAAGUAUCUCUGGAACAACAUCAAGAAAUGGCAGUGCAUCUACAAGCAAUACGACGCGGACCGAUCCGGCACCAUUGGCAGCAGUGAACUACCGGGAGCCUUUGAGGCCGCAGGCUUUCAUCUCAACCAACAGCUCUACGCCAUGAUUGUGCGCAGGUACUCGGACGAGAACGGGAACAUGGAUUUCGACAACUUCAUCAGCUGCCUGGUGCGCCUGGAUGCCAUGUUCCGGGCCUUCAAGUCGUUGGAUCGAGAUGGCAGCGGGCAAAUCCGUGUGACUCUGAAGGAGUGGCUGCAGCUCACCAUGUACUCCUAAGGGCCACCGGCUGUCCGUGAGACCUCGCCUCUUCCUUCUACAAUCCCCAAUUCUGUCCUGGAGGGAUGCGGUAGAGUUUGGCGUUACCUAUUGGCAGACCCGCCUUUCAGCCUGAGAAAAUCUUAAGGAGACGCUAUUCUGCGGUUCUGCUUCCUUUCCUGAAAGCCAAACGAAGAAACUUCCCGUUUUUACUCUUGUUUUGCAUUGCAAUUUUUAACGCCCCCCGCCCCCCCCCUUGUAAAAGCAACUGGCUGGGUUUUUAUUUUAUGUUUUUUGCAUUGACUCUUCACUUGCUAUCCCUGCAGCCUUUUCAAAGCACCAGGAGUGGGGAGGGGGUGGUGGGGUGGGGGUCUCUUGAAAGAGAAAGCUCCCCCUUUGCCCUCCCAACUGGGUUGGAAUUCGAGUGUUGCCAUGCAUAUUUGAUAGAGCCCCCCCCCCCUUUUGGGGGUGUUUUGUUUUUUGUAAGUUUCAUUUUGUAAGCUCUGUAUGGAGGGGAUCGGUAUACAGAGCACCAGUUCCUUGUAAAACCACAUCCCUUGGAUAGGGGAAGGGGGACAGUCUGUAGGGGAUUUUGCAAAUGGGGCCCCAAAUAAUCUCUUUAUGGACCCUGUGAGCUGCUGACCGAUCAUCUGGACUUACAGCCGCCUUCAUAAUUCACAUUUUCCCAACUAGGAAUAGGAUGAGGUGAGCUCAAUGGCCCUUGUCUACCUCUUCUCACUCCUCCUCCCCAAAAUAAACUAUUUCCCCUUUUCAAAAUCCCCAAACACACUCCGCCUGGAUACGACUUCAAAAAGCAAUAACUUAGCAGCUUAGGGAACCAAUGCUGAAGGCUGAGCUACUUAAAUAAUAUGGAUAUAUGACACCUUGUCCUUUUUUUAUUUCUUCCCCCUCAGGCUGCCAAUAGAGGCCUGGCCCAGGAUCUUCAGAGUUGGCUUUGGAAUUCUAUUUUUUUUUUUAAAAGCAUCUUUAAUGCGCAGUGUGUGGCUGCACCAUGCAAAUUUCUCAGCAAUGCACUUUUGUCAUGUGCCAAUUCUAUGCAUGAAUUUUGAAGGUCUGUGAAACAGGGCUGACCAACUUUGGCACCUUUAAAACCUGUGGACUGCAAAGCUGGCUGGGGGAUUCUGGGAGUUGAAGUCCACAGGUCUUAAAGGGGACAAGGUUGGGAACGCCUGGUCUAAAGUAUUUGAAAGAGAGCUCCAAAUUUUAUGGGAAGUAUUUCUAGAAAUUAAAUUUCCUUUAAAAAUG